AUGGUGAGUGUGGAGGAAAUCCACAGGGCUCAGAGGGCGGAAGGGCCCGCGAAUGUGCUAGCGAUCGGGACGGCCACCCCUUCCAACUGCGUGGACCAAAGCACGUACCCCGACUACUAUUUUCGCAUCACUAAUAGCGACCACAUGACGGAGCUCAAGGAGAAGUUCAAGCGCAUGUGCGAGAAAUCGAUGAUAAAGAAGCGUUACAUGUACCUAACAGAGGAGAUCCUGAAGGAGAACCCAAGCAUGUGCGAGUACAUGGCCCCUUCCCUGGACGCCCGGCAGGAGAUGUUGGUUGCCGAGGUCCCGAAGCUUGGGAAGGAGGCCGCCCUCAAGGCCAUCGAAGAGUGGGGCCAGCCCAAGUCCAAGAUCACCCACCUCGUCUUCUGCACCACAAGCGGCAUCGACAUGCCCGGUGCUGACUACCAGGUCACCAAGCUCCUCGGCCUGCGCCCCUCCGUUCGCCGCCUCAUGAUAUACCAGCAGGGCUGCUUCGCCGGCGGCACCGUCCUCCGCCUCACCAAGGACCUCGCCGAGAACAACGCCGGCGCCCGCGUCCUCGUUGUCUGCUCCGAGAUCAGGGCAGUCACCUUCCGCGGGCCCACCGACUCCCACCUCGACAGCCUCGUCGGCCAGGCGCUCUUCGGUGAUGGAGCCGCUGCCAUCAUCGUCGGCUCCGACCCUGUCGUCGGGGUCGAGCGUCCACUCUUCCAGGUUGUCUCCGCUGCCCAGACGCUGCUGCCAGACAGCCACGGGGCCAUCAACGGGCACCUGCGGGAAGUGGGGCUGAUGGUCCACCUGCUCAAGGACGUCCCAGGGCUUAUCUCCAAGAACAUAGAGAAGAGCCUAAAGGAGGCGUUCGACCCGAUCGGGAUCUCGGACUGGAACUCGGUGUUCUGGAUCGCCCACCCGGGGGGGGCAGCCAUACUGGACCAGGUGGAGGAGAAGCUGGGGCUCAAGCCGGAGAAGCUGAGGGCCACGCGCCACGUGCUUGGGGAGUACGGCAACAUGUCUAGUGCCUGUGUGCUCUUCAUACUGGACGAGAUGAGGAAGGCGUCCGCCAAGGACGGGAUGGGGUCCACAGGGGAGGGGCUCGACUGGGGGAAAUGUGUAGCACUUGAAGAAUAUUAUAUAAUCCUAACCCUCCUCUCCUCGCCGCAUCAUUUACGUACAUGA